AUGACACAUAUUGCUCCAAGCCCCGAAAUAUAUGGCCCUGGGUCCUUCACUGAUGAAAGUCCCCUGCCCGUCCCGGACGAUGCUCGGCGAAUUGUCAACAUGCCGGCUCAAGCAACACCAGGGUUCACUCAAGACUCGUAUAAAUGGGAGUCUGUGAUCUUUGACGGAACUGCAGACCCAAUCGUUCCGGGUCCUCUCAAAUCACCAGCUAUGGCAGCUGCUCUGCAUGGCAUGUGUGGUGUCGUGGCGAAUGAAACUAUCCAAGACCAUGAUAAUAAAACAAACCAGGCCCAGGCGCAGAUCAUUACUCACCAUGCUUCUUUGUGGCUGGGUACGGUCGAUUUUGUCAAGUGGAACCGAAUUGAUAUGGCCGAGCUGGGCAAAUCCGGGGGCUUUCUCAACUUCACUUCGCGUCCGAACCACGGGUCACUAUUUGACCAAGAUGCCUGGGGUCUGGUAUCACUGCACGGAUCUCUUAAUGCCUACCCAGUUCUUCAGGCUAUUGGAUUGGAUCCCGUUUCACCUUGCUUUUCCUCGCAAGAGGCUUACGAUUUGAUCAGCAAGCAUGUCCAACAGUUCAGCGCGGAUGAGCUUGAGAUGAAAAUUAUCAAGAUUGGACUCUGCGGGAAUAUUGUGUACACUCCCAAAGGACGCCCCAAAUUCAUGCCAUCCCGACUCUCCCCCCCCCCUACUGCUGUUCCCAAGGUAGCUUGGGACAAGCGCCCUCUUGCUGGAGUUGAGGUAGUUGAGCUGGUUCGGAUCAUCGCUGGUCCUACAAUUGGAACAACACUGGCAGCCUUUGGGGCCGAUGUCAUUCGUUCGCUUCAGCUCACCCUGAAUGCGGGGAUCCGUACUAUUGACAUUGAUCUGACAAAGAAUGGAGAUCGAGAACAUUUAAUGAGAUUGAUUCGUGAUGCCGACGUCUUCGUCCAGGGUUACCGACCCGGUGUUAUCGGCAAGAAUGGGCUCAGUCUAUCCCACCUCUUGGAAAUGACCGGGAAUAGGGGCAAGGGCAUUGUCUAUGUCGAAGAAAACUGCUAUGGACCGAAUGGCAACAAGUUGGAGAUGCUGGGUCAGGUGCAUCUUACGUCACAGCAAAAUCAAUGGGGUGCCCCGAUGGCACCGGCAUCCUUCCUGCUAUGCCUAUUCCUGACAUGA